CAGUAGGUUCUCCUUUUUUGGACAAGGCAGCAAGUUUUUUUGUGAUAAGUUACAUUUUAAGGACAUGGACCUCUGCCUGACACUCCUGUUGAUUUGUCUCUGCUGCCAAGGAGCCACAAAUGCGGAGGUGGCAGAAGAUCAGUCAGCUCCUGUGAUCCCUCUCAUUCCUUUGAUUCCCAGUCAACCCAUAGAAAAAGAAGAAAGUGGUACACCAGAUCCUGCAGCUCCCACAGAAGCAACUGUUCUUGCAAGUACUACCACAAAUACCUCGAGUGAGACGUCAUCGGAGGAAGAUAUGAAUGACUGUCAGUCUGUCAGUCAGAGGCCCAAGUCCCAACAGACCAUCACUGCUGCAAUUCAGAAACUGGGAGUUCAGCUGUUACAACACCUGGAGACAACACCAGAGCAGCCGAAUGUCAUCAUAUCUCCUUUGAGCAUUUCUCUGGCCCUAUCUCAACUGGCUUUAGGGGCAAAAAAUGAGACAGAAGAGCUGCUGAUGCAUCAUCUCCAUGAAAACACUGUCCCCUGCUACCACCAGUCUCUGCGUAAUGUUUUAGUGCAGCUUGGAAACCGAGACCUGCAAAUUGCCACACGCAUAUUUCUGCGCCAAGGGUUUGAAGUAAAGCAAGGGUUUUUAAGCGAAUCUCAGCAGUUUUAUGACUCUGAACCAGCAGCCUUGGAGAGCCUUCAGCAAGUAAACGAAUGGGUGGAGAGCGCAACAAACGGAAAGAUGACUGACUUCCUGUCUUCUUUACCACCUAAUCUGCUCCUCAUGCUCAUUAACGCUGUCCACUUUAAAGGAGAAUGGAAAGCCCGGUUUGACCCAAACUUUACCUCCAGAGGUGUGUUUUACCUUGAUGAUUUGCACAUGGUGGAUGUUGAUGUGAUGGAAGAUGCCAAACAUCAGCUGAGUUGUUUCAUUGAUAAUGAACUGGAGGCUCAGGUAGCAAGGUUUCCAUUUACAAAGCUGACGAGUUUGUUGGUGGUCAUGCCUGAGUCUGGGCACGUGAAUGUAUCUUCACUCUCUGCGAAGCUGAAUAUCUCUGAUUUGUAUGAACGCCUUCCCAAAGAGACAGCUGUCCAGGUUAAAGUCCCCAAAUUCAAACUGGAGUAUUCUCAAGAGUUAGAAGAAGUUCUUACCAAAUUAGGCCUCGGAGAGAUGUUCCUUAACCCCAACUUGGCUGAUAUUGCGGAUGGCCCUCUGCUGGUGUCCAGUGUGAUGCACAAGUCCAGCAUGGAAAUAAAUGAAGAUGGUGCGGAGGCUGCCGCAGCCACCAAUAUAAUCAUUUCUAGAGCGUCUAAUCCAAUUUUCCAUCUCAGUCAACCCUUCUUCUUUGUGCUUAUGGAUGAUGUGACUCAAAUACCAAUCUUCAUGGGUGUCAUCAACAACCCCAAUCCUGGAGCUCCGAUUCUGCAGAGAGUACAAUUUGGAAGCAAAGACAAAGUGGGAAUCCCGUUUGACAAGGAUCAUGGGGGUUCAUUUGGAGGCCCUCCUAAGUAGGGACUAAAAACCUGUACAUCUCUUCUAGGAAAGCUAAGACCAAUGCAUAAACAAUGGAAACUUAUUUUUUAAAUAAUAAAUCACAUUUAAAGCCUAAUAUUCUUUGGUCCGGGAAUUCAAAAAUUUUAAUCCUAUUAUAAUAAAAAAACAAGGUUCUGUCAAAUUAACUGAUGUUUCAAAUUUCAACUGCAUGUAUUUUACAGGGUGUCAACAUUUAUUGCAAACAUGUUUGAGUGUUAUUGAUUGAGCGUGUUCUCGGACUGCUUUAAUUUGUUUUCUUAUUUAGGAAAAUAAAUUGAUUGAUCUGAAUCCCAUUAUUGUUACGAGUUAAUGUUUUGACAUCUUAAAAAAAGGAAAGAAAUGUUGUGUUUGCAAGAAUACUUUAAUGAAAAUAAUAAAAAU